GUCCUUGUCAAACACCGGUACCAUGAUGCACUUUGCGGCGACUGCCGUGUUGCUCGCUUUCGCAGCCGACCUUGCGCAGGGCACCGUACAAUACCACCAGCUGAUCAAAUGCAGCCAAAACUACAGUGCUGAGGUGAUGGGCGUGGUCACUAGGGACGCCAUCAUUGGCAGCCAGAUGACUGCCAAGAUCAAGCUGCGCGUCUACGACACCAUCCUUAAAGAACUAAAAUUAAGAGUCACACUCUUCACGCCCGAAGGUACAGUGGUACCAUGUAUCGAACACUUCGGAUCGUGCGUCUAUGACGUCUGCGAAGAUGUUCCGGACGACAAGAAGACCAUGUGGACGACCAAGUGCCCCGUGAAGCCGGGCACCUACUGGCGCAACUUGAUCUUCCGAGUGUCGCCGAAACUGCUGAAGCACAUUGGCAGUGGCCACCUCAUCGCUGCUUUGAUGUUGGAAAGCAAAGGCAAGAAGCUUUCGUGUCAGGCACUUCACCUGCGCGUCUACAAGACAAGGCCGACAACGGACAUUUGGGAUUAGAAUGCCGUAUCGAUGACGAUUAUAACAAGGGCGCAUGGAGAGAAACACUGAACUUUGUGAAGAAUAAAGAAACUACGUAUGAAUGGCAA